GACCAAGGACACGAAGCUGAACUAAUCAGAUUUAAAGUGACGUUCCUGGUGGAAGCUUUCAGGAAGUGGAAACAAGCCUCUGAAACGUUUUAGAUCACGAUCUGCACGCUUUGAUCAAAGUCUUCUCAGUCCGAAACGCGGAUGACUUGAAUAUGCAUCAAUGGCAGAAGUCAGACAGGUGUAUAGAAUUCUAUUGCGUACGGUACGGGAUCGCAUAAGUUCCAGAAACCAGAAUUCCAUCUGGCAUGACUACAUUGUCGAAGAGUUCCAUCGCAAUGCCACAGAAAAAAAUCCAGCAAAAGUUCAGGAACUACUUCGACUAGCGAAAGAUUAUGCACAACUCGUGCAGGGUGUGAACUACGAGAAGGAGCUUCUGCUGUCUUACAACAUUGGCAUUGAUCCAGAGGAGAGGCAGCGUUCAAUGAUAGAGCGCACUGCAAAUCUUGUGGGCCUGCAGCUGCCUAUUGUCCCUACAGAUGCCGAGAGCAGGGGGCUGACCUGACACUAGUGCUGAUGCCAAAGUGACCAUCUUUUCAUGAUCAGGCAUCUUCCUAGAACCUUAGGAUGCUUGCUUUCAUUUUUAGGAUCCGUGAGAGCAGAGGCCUUAGGGUCUAUUUGAUCUGCACAGAGGACCAAAAAUAAUGGUUUGCAGUUCUCAACAAUGAAGGGCUGGUGUGCAUGCAUCAUACAAGCUCGAGGGUAUGUGCCAAAAGCUGCACCUGCUGUUUGCUCAAUUACUCGUACGAUCCUGCCAGUCUUCUAUGUAGCAUUACACGGCUCAC